CGAGUUCAGUGAAAGCUAAGAAGAUCGGAAAAUUUGUGAUUCUAGUUUUGAUUAAUAAAUCAACAGUGUUUUUUAUGGCACUGACGGAUCCGACUGAUUGGCCAGGAUCAAUGCCUGAUCUUAGGACUAUUGAUAACCUGCUACGAUGCUCCAUUUGCUUUGAGUACCUGAACGUGGCCAUGAUCAUCCCAUCAUGCUCACACAACUACUGUUCGCUAUGCAUCAGACGAUACAUGAAGUACAAGAGGCAGUGUCCGUCCUGCAACAUAGAGGUCAGUGCCUCGGAACUCUGCAACAAUAGAACCCUGGAUGAACUCGUCAAGACUUUCGUCGCUGUCAGACCAUACAUCUUGAAGAUCUGCAAAACAUUUGACGCUGAGAAUCAGGAAGGUUGCCCUUCAUCAGAUAAGGACCUGAAAACGUCCAAACAGCAAGUCAAGUCUGGAAAAUCACAGGUUUUUGCUUCCAAACAGAGUCCAAAGAAAUCAACUCUGGCCGGUCAUUUCACUGCGGUCAAGCCGUCCAAAACUGCCCCGGUCAGCAACUCUGAACCCUACCAAGCCAAAACAUCUGCAGAUGACUUCAACGUGUUGGAUGACGAUUUUGUUAGUCCCAAACUGAAAUCACCAUCCAGGACUGAUCGCCAUUCAAGCAAUCGGCUUGGUACAAGGCCAGCUGAUGACCGUUCAUUGGUCAAUCAAAUAAAUGAUGAUGUCAUCGAUAUUACUGAGGACUUUGGAACUGAACGGCCAACUGCAUCUACAAGCAGUAGUCCAGCAGCUGGUCAAGCCACACCUAUUCGCAGGCAGGCCACACCCAGGAGUAAUCAGGCCACGCCCAGUAGUAAUCAGGCCAUGCCCAGUUGUAGUCAGACCACUCCCAGUGGUAGCCAGACCACUCCCAGUGGUAGCCAGACCACACCCGGUGGUAGCCAGACCACACCCGGUGGCAGUAGGGAUAAAGCGGAGUGUCCCGUUUGCGGUGUGCCAGUACCCACAAAGUACAUCAAUACCCAUCUAGAUGCUUGCCUGAAGAGAACACAGCAGACGGAUACCAACAAAAGAAUACAAAAGAGGAAGCGGAUACCUGCCAUGGUCUGGAAGCUGGUGCCGGACAAAGAAAUCAAGAAGAAGAUGAGACAUUACAACCUGUCUAUCAAAGGAAAACGCCAUGAGUUGAUCAAGAGACUAGACGAGUUCAUAUUGAUGUACAAUGCGCAGUGUGAUGCAGCCAACCCUAAAUCAGCUGAAGAGAUUGCCAAAGAGGUUGAGAAGAUGGAACAACUCAAGACACAGCCACCGCAACUCAAGGAGGCAAAAGUGUUUAAACUCAAGAUAGAGAAAGGACAAACUGAAGAUCAGAUGGAAAAAUCAAAGCAGGAAUACUUGUCAGCUCACAAGGAUCAGUUCAGUCAGCUCAUUGCUGUAGCCCGAGCAAGAAUGAAAGGAGUGAAAAACAAGUCAAGUAAAACAGAAGCCGCUGGACCAAAUCAGACGGAUGCUUCACAAGAUUCCAACGAAGCGGAGACGUCUACCUCCAGUGAGGACAGUACCGCCAGCGACAGACCGGUCGGUUCAGUGACUGAAAAUUCUGCCGUACAAGAACUUGAAGAUGUGAUGGUUUUGGAAGACGAAGUUGAGAAACAGCAAGAAGACAAGAGAAUACCGAGAGAUGCUGCUCAAGACACGAGCCAAGAAGAUGCUGAGUCGGACAGAACUGGGAGUUUAUUUUCAGAGGGUAGCGGAGGAGAGGAGGCGAUGGGAAACAACGGGGAAAGUGAAGAAAUGGUCAUGGAUACAUCUGAGAGCAGUCUUCAUAUGAAGCAAGAUGACGCGGAUCUCAUGGCUAGUUUCUCUGGGUCUGAUGUCCAUGGGCAGGCUGAUUGUAGAAUUCUCGUUCCUUCCUCACCAAGUGUUGCGUCAAAGGAUGGAAUGGAGGACAGCCAAUCGCAAAACAUGACAAGAGCUAAGAACGAGACAUCUAGUGUGAAGAGUGACCCAGCCCCUGAUUCUCUAGAACCACUGUGUAUUCCAGAGAGCCCUUUGUCUGUCGUUGCUGAGACAAGACGACGUAAACGCAAGAAGCAAGAUUGUGGAAGCAAUGCCAGCGAUAGCGGAAGCUCAUUUGGAGACGGAGAUAAUGUCUUAAGACGUAGCAAGAGAGAGAGAAAGAUGGUUAAAUAGACAUUCUGUAGUAAAGACAUUUGUCAGGAAGGCAUGUUACUUGUUGGUCUGGCCAGUUAUCUAUUGAUCUGUACCCUGUGAGAGGCAAUGUGUGCCCUACAGUAAGGGCAAGCUAUCAUGGCAGUUGUAUAAUCACUGAUUCAAGCAUGCAGGUUUGUCCAAUUGUGUUUGGGCAGCCAAUUCAGCUUCCCUAAACUCAGCAAGACUUAUGAAACAAAAUGCCAUGAUAUGAUAUAAUUGUGCUGGUAAUAUUAAUAUUGAACAUGCUAGUGUGGGAGGCCAGUAGCUGUCAACAGCACAGGUUGAAGUGAACUUUGUCACUUUAAACCCGAGGGUUUAGGCUUUAAGAAUAAUGUUUUCUUGAAAAUGCAUUAUUUUGUGUAUUCAAAUUCAACAUUAUCAUGCCAGUUCUGCUUUAAGACUUAUGUCUGCAGAUGACCGAUCGCCACGGGAAUUUUGUACGUUAAGUUUUUGUUUGUCUCAAAUUUUGUGCGUUCCGCGUCCAUUUGUAUAUCAUGUAAUUGGACAAUAUUUCACAAGCUGUGUUGACGCGAUUCUAACGCGAUAGGUUAAUUGUAUCAUGAAAACCACCUUGGUUAAAAAAAGUAGUUUUACAUGUAUUUCACUUUGAUGGCAAAUGUUAUUUUAAUUAUUCAUAUGCAUAUUUGAAGUGAAGCACAAAAUUUUAAUAACAAUUCCAUCUAGUGAUUAUAUUGUAUUUUGAUAAAGUAUGACCAUCGUUUUCCCCACUUCCUGCACGUCAAAUAUUUCAUUUCUCAUAAUUGAUUGCAUACACACAGGCCUUCUAUUUAUGAGUUCGGAAUGCUCACCAACUCUAUUAGAGUUAGUUUGUAUAAUAAAUAAACAGCUUUUCAUAAGAUGGAAUGUUUGCGUCGGGGUGGUGUAAAUCAAAUAAACAGCUUAUUUUAAGAAUA